AUGGAGACUGUUCACCCUCCCAUCCCUUCAAGGAUGCUGAAACCGACUAAAUGGCUUUCGCUCUAUGAGGACUUUGUCACUAAGAAUGCCAGCUCAGUUGGACAGGUCGAGUCCGCCUUGAGGUCGCUGACCUACAUCAUCCCAGGCCGUUAUAGAGAAUCAGAAAUAGCAUCAGAAUGUGUGCACUCCGGAGUACAACUUCUAUCUCUUUAUCACGAUACAUUAGUCUCAAGGGUGAUAUCUCGACUGCCGUCUACAGUGCCUCGACUGCCGCCUACACCACAUGCGCGAUAUACCAAGUACUGGAGCACUCGCUCUUCUUUGUAUCAAAAGGUCGCCGUCGCGCUGCAGAUGCUUCAAUAUACCGAGCUUUUGUGGGAAAUGGCAGCAAGGCGACGCGGCCAGAAGACUCGAUGGCGCGUCGUCGUCUUCCUUGAAUUUGCCAAGGCCGUCUGCCGCUUGCUUCUCCUUCGAUUGACAAAUUCUCGGCCGCUGGUUAGCCCUCCGCUCCCGGAGCGGGAGGUGGAUCCGAGGUCAACUGAAGAGGAAGAGGAUCAAGGUGAUUGGAACGGGAUGCAGACCCCCGUCAGCGAGCGGUCUACGGAUAUCAGCUGGACCAUGCCUCGAACAGGGUUGUCACUACCAUCCCUCCCAGACGUGAACGAUGUGUCGAAUUAUCUCAUCUCUAAAGUCCUUACCGCUGAUGACAUCAAAUCUCCCAAGACCCUGUUGCAUCGUGUCACUGGACAGGGACAGUUGGCGGAGAUUUUGUAUAUUUUGAGGCCUGUGGUAUAUGCUCUAGCCAUGCAGCGAUGGAGUGGAGAUAAGAGAAGCUGGCGGCCUUGGCUGAUAGGAUUUGGAAUGGAAUAUGGCUGCCGGCAGCUCGCCAAGCGGGACUUCCGUGAACGUGUCGCGGGCGGUUUGCGUGGACUAACGGGCCUCGAGCGAGAGGAGCUGCGCAAGCGCGGCUGGUCUAUGGGUUGGUGGAUGAUGCGAGGCGCGUUCUAUGAGAACAUCACCAAGUCCUGGAUCCAGGGUGUAACCGACAAGAUGAAAGGAAAGCCGCUCCUGGACCUCAUGGGUAGCGUGGUAGAAGACUACGGCUACCUGUGGGACAAUUACUACUUCUCGACCGCCACCUUGUGA